GAGGAGGAAGAUGAGGAAGAUAUUGAUAUAUUAGGUGAUGAAGAAGAUGAAGAUGACGACGAUGAAGAAGAAGAAGAGGAAGAGGAGGAGGAAGACGAUGAUGACUUUGAUGACGACGAUGAAGCCAUCAGCCAACAGCGCAUGGAAGAAGGUCGCCGUAUGUUCCAGAUAUUUGCAGCGCGUAUGUUUGAACAAAGAGUCCUUGCUGCUUAUAGAGAAAAAGUAGCUCAAGAACGACAGCAAAGAUUACUAGAGGAACUU